AUGCUAAAUUUUGAUUUACAAAUUGGUGAUUCAAGAAAACGGAAUUAUUGGGAAUUGACUUAUCCCAUACUUUUAACCCCAUUUAUCCUUCUUGUACGAAUUGGCCUCGAAAAAUUUGUGUUUCCAAAAUUUGUAAACCCGCUUUUGGAAAAAACAAUCCAAAAAUCCACAAAAUGGAACUCAAAUCAAGCCCAAGCUGUGUCAAAAAAUUGUCUCAAAAACCGAAUAAAUUUACGAAAAUUGAACGAAAGUUUAUGGCGACUAGUCUAUUACUCUUCUGUUUGUGCUUACGUUUUGUGGGUCCUGUGGGACAAACCUUGGUUUUGGGACUCAAAUAAUUUCUGGAUUCAUUUUUACAGCCAGAGCGUUUCCACUGAUAUUUGGUGUCACUUUAUGAUAUGUACGGCGUACAUGUGGACUGCUUUGUGGAGCAUUUAUUUCGAUAUUAAUCGAAAAGAUUUUUUUCUAAUGCUUAUACACCACAUUGGUAUUAUUACAACUUCGUUUUUUGUAUGGAAAAUGAACGUUAUACAAAUGUACAGCGUCGCAUUGUUGUUACAUGACUUGUGUGAUAUUUUUCUCGAAAUUGCCAAAACUGCAAACUAUUUAGGCUGUAAAAAGGGGUGUAAUGUGGCUUUGGUUGUGUUUACUGGAGUUUGGAUUGUGUGCAGAUUUGGUUUGUAUCCAAAUUGGGUCAUUCGCAGAUGGUUAGUGGAUGCGCACCAGUUUUUGCCCGACUUGUCCAAUUAUCUGGCUUAUUACAUAAUGACUGGGUGUUUGUUCACUUAUGUACUCCUCAACUCGAUUUGGACUGUUUCUAUAAUUAAAAUUGUUGUUAGAAAUGUGUGCUCCAAAACUGGUAAGGAUUGA